AGUCACCCGGGCUGGGGCUGGGGCCCGGCCGUCCGGCCUCGUCGGAAGUGCCGGGGCGCGGCGAGUCGGACCCCGCUGCCUCCCUCUCGGCGGUGAAGGGGUGCUUAGUCUUGGUUUUUGGAGGGACCGAGUUCUCCAUCUCGGAGUGCUUAGUCUUGAUUGUCGGGGGUACCGAGUUCCCCGUCUCGGGGUGCUUAGUCUCGGUUUUCGGAGGGACCGAGUUCCCCAUCUCCGGGUGCUUAGUUUUGAUUGUUGGGGGGACCGAGUUGCCCAGCUCGGGGUGCCUUAGUCUUGGUUUUCGGGGGGACCGAGUUCUCCAUCUGGGGGGUGCUUAGUCUCGGUUCUCGGUGAAGGAACAUGGAUGAGGGUGUUGCCGGUGCUCGGGCAACAUUGAGCUUUUCUCCCUUCUCAGCCCAGGACGGGGUUUGACAUUGACGACGAAACGGUAUCAAAACGGAUGUUCUGACAGGAAUCAUUUCCAGUGUUCUAAGAACCAAAGCAUCUAGACUGGAUGGAAUUUAGCAUCAGAAAAAGCUCUCUUUCUGUGCGGAAGGUUGUAAAGUGCGUGAAGAUGAAGCAGGCACCAGAAAUCCUUGGCAGUGCCAAUGGAAAGACUCAGAACUGUGAAGUGGACCACGGAUGUUCUGUAUUCCUCAGCAAGGCUCAGCUUUCUAACAGCCUGCAGGACGGGGUCAUGCACACAUUCAAUGGCCACGAUGCACUUCCCUUUAUUCCAGCUGAGAAGUUGAAAGAUCUUACUUCUCGUGUGUUUAAUGGAGAACCUGGUGCUCAUGAUGCCAAAUUGUGUUUUGAGUCCCAGGAAGUGAAAGGAAUUGGGACACCACCCAAUACUACCCCUAUCAAAAAUGGCUCUCCGGAGAUUAAACUGAAAAUCACCAAAACAUACAUGAAUGGGAAGCCUCUCUUUGAAUCUUCCAUAUGUGGUGACAGUGCUGCUGAUGUGUCUCAAUCAGAAGAAACUGGACAAAAAUCAGAUAAUAAGGCUAGGAGGAACAGGAAGAGGAGCAUAAAAUAUGACUCCUUACUGGAGCAGGGCCUUGUGGAAGCAGCUCUAGUAUCCAAGAUCUCAAGUCCUGCAGAUAAAAAGAUUCCUGUUAAGAAGGAGUCCUGUCCAAACACUGGCAGAGACAGAGACCACUUGAAGUACAAUGUGGGUGAUUUGGUAUGGUCCAAAGUGUCAGGUUACCCUUGGUGGCCUUGCAUGGUUUCUGCUGAUCCACUCCUUCACAACCAUACCAAACUUAAAGGUCAGAAAAAGAGUGCACGUCAGUAUCAUGUACAGUUCUUUGGUGAUGCCCCAGAAAGAGCUUGGAUAUUUGAGAAGAGCCUUGUUGCUUUUGAAGGAGAAGAACAAUUUGAAAAAUUAUGCCAGGAAAGUGCCAAGCAGGCACCCACAAAAGCUGAGAAAAUCAAGCUGUUGAAACCUAUUUCAGGGAGAUUGAGAGCCCAGUGGGAAAUGGGCAUUGUUCAAGCAGAGGAAGCUGCGAGCUUGUCAGUGGAAGAGCGGAAAGCCAAGUUCACCUUUCUCUAUGUGGGUGACCAGCUGCACCUCAACCCUCAAGUGGCUAAGGAGGCCGGCAUUGCUGCGGAACCUUUGGGAGAAAUAGCAGACGCUUCAGGGGCCAGUGAAGAAACUGCUGCAGACCUUAGAUCCAUAAGAGAAGAGAGUGUUCCUAUGAAGAGAAGACGAAGAGCCAAAAGGUCUAGUUCUGCUGAGAACCAAGAGAGUGACCCUGCCACAGAAAAGAGUACUCCUCAAAAGAUGACCGAGGCCAACUCCAAGAGAGGAGUAGGAUCUCCUCCUGGAAGGAAGAAGGCCCUGGCUUCAGCUCCACGGAGCCGAAGGGGAGAUGCAGCAUCUCAGUUUUUGGUCUUUUGUCAAAAGCACAGGGAUGAGGUUGUUGCUGAGCACCCAGAUGCUUCAGGUGAGGAGAUUGAAGAAUUGCUUGGAUCCCAAUGGAAUAUGCUUAACGAGAAGCAGAAAGCACGCUAUAACACAAAGUUUGCCCUUGUGACCUCUGCCCAGUCUGAAGAAGACUCUGGUAACAUAAAUGCAAAAAAAAGAACCCACAUAAAAAGGACAGAGGGCCCUCUGGAAGAUGUUGAUGCUGAAGAUGCACCCAGGAAAAGACUCAGGACAGACAAGCACAGUCUUCGGAAGAGAGAGACAAUCACCGACAAAACGGCCAGAACAAGCUCUUACAAGGCCAUAGAGGCGGCCUCCUCGCUCAAGAGCCAGGCAGCAACGAAAAACCUGUCUGAUGCUUGCAAACCCCUGAAGAAACGAAACCGGGCUUCUGCUGCAGCAUCAUCAGCUCUUGGGUUUAGCAAAAGUUCAUCUCCUUCUGCAUCCUUAACUGAGAACGAGCUUUUAUGGGAGCCCACAUCAGUCAAGUUGGACUUGAACUCAGCCGCCCUGUACUGCACUUAGAAUGAUGUAAUACCCCAAGAUGUCUGCUGCAGGUGGUGCAUCAUCGUAUACACUAAGUGACAUUUCUAUCACAAUCAUUUUAUGGAAGAUGUGUGAUAAUCUGUUUUUACUGGUAUUAAUAAACACAUACAAUGAAGAAAACAGAUAACAAAUUUUAAGACCAAGGUAAGAUACCUAAUCAAGGCCAUUUAAUCAAUCACAUUCAUCUCAUAAUAGAAACACAUUCAUAUUCCAAUGAUCAAUCUAGAUUUCAAGUUGAGGAGGAGGCCCUUCAAUGAGGCUGUCCCAGAGCUGUGACACUAGCACCAUGUUGACGGGUGGUCCUGUAGAGCUCACUUUUUUCCUCCGAUUCAUAACUUCCUAAAUUUUUAUGGAAAAAUGUCAGCUUCUGUUCCAUGAGAAAUGAAGAGCAGACAGGACACGUUAGGGGUCCUUCGUUAGCUCUUCUCAUUGCCAAUGAAACGUAUUCAGUACUGUAGAUAGUAAACCAAUUUCCAACAUGAAAGGCAGGAAGAGUUUUGAUUCUGUCCUUUUUUACUCAACAGUUUUACACUAGACACAGUAAAUUUUUAGGAGUGAAAAAAAAACAUUUACAGUUUCAUCACAAACCAUUCAACUCUUGAUCCAAUGACUGACAUCUAGAUGAUGUCAUAGUCAGGUUAUUUACACCAACCACAUCAUCAGUUGCUUUUGUAGAGCAUAAGCAUUAUGUUUAAGUGUUGUGGUAUUGGGUGUCCAGCUGGGGGCAUACCCAGAUGCCCGCAUGUUUGCAUGGGAGGAAAGGCUCCACUUGCCCUCAGCUCAAGAAAUAGAGCUUGUGCUGUGCACAGGGUAUGAAAGCGGUGCCCAGGCCAUUCCCAACAGAUUCAUCAUCAGUGUUCGACCUGUGAUGAAAGAGUCUGAGUAAUACUUUUUGUUCCAAACCAUUAAGUAAUGUAACGCAUGUAACAUGUAGGGUGCCAAGCACCUUACAAGGACUCAGUGGUUCACUGUUGUGACAGUAAUGGUUAUAACAAUAAAAAUAAUGAAAUCACCAUCAUUCCAUUUUUAUCCAAAAGUAUAAAUUUUGCUUUGGCAUGAAAAGUGAUCCUCUUGACUGCACUAUGCAUGUGGGGAUAAAAUAAACCCAGGAGUGGCAGAACCCUAGCUUUGUUUGUGUGACACCUUAGGGUAUGAGACUGUGAGGUUGUAGGCUGGUAUGUCACUCAGCUGGCUCUGCUUAAAUAUAAUGAGAGAUACGACCUCAUAGGAUGCCUGGUGUGAACAGUCUUAAGUUGUACUGUUCUUCAGUCUAACAUUCUCUCAAGUGAGCUACUUCAACAAAAGAUAUUUGUAUUCUUAAGGACACGAAAGAUCUCAGGUAAAUUUAAAAUUCUAAAAUUAAAAAAAAUAAUCACUAAAUCAAAAAAUAUGUGAAGAAAUGAUGGAGUAGAAAUGGCCCUGGUUCAAAAAGCAAUUUCUCAAAGUAAAGACCCUAGCUUGAAAGGCUUUGGGCAGAAAUGAAGGGAUUUCAUUAGAAAUUAGAGUAUGAUGACUUGUAGAUGGUAUCUAGGAAGCAGCAUGUGCAGAUGCAGUGGGCGUCAGCCAGAGGACAGCUGCUCUGUGGUACAGAACUUGAGGGCUUCAGAACUAGUGAUGGUGGUCAUAGCAUGGUGCAGAGUUAGCACCAGCUGAGUACGGAGGAUGUGAGGGAGCAAGAUAGGGCUGAUUAUGGCAUGUUCUUACCUGGGAAGACACUGCCCAUCUGGGAGCAGAGCCCGUGUCCUCAACAUUUUGCAGUGAGAGUGAUGGUCCACAUGUAGAAUCUUCCUGCUCCAGAGGCCAGCAGUAGUCUUAUAGUGGAUAAGCUGAGUUCCCUCAAGAAUCAGCUCUUGGCCUCCUCCAGGAGGUGAGUAGAAGAGAGACAUUUGUUUAAAAGAGCUUAGCAAGAAGCAAUAGUUUGUCUACUAAGAGUACAAAAAUUAUAUGACAUUUAUUAUGCUGCAAAUUUAAUAUGGAAUUCCUUCAUUUCCUAAAGAUGUCAAAAUAGUAAUGCUACCUCUCUAGCCCUAGGACAUUUAAACUGGCCAUUGUUGAGAUUAAGUUUUGCUCCUGCUAUACAGAGAAUUUUUACCAUUUGAUCCCAUUUGACUUCCUUCAAACCAUUGUUUGUGUACCAUGUUUGCCUGGCAAGGGGAGGUAGCUUUGUUGUAUAAAACUUUCAUUCAAAAGAGGUGAAGACUUGCCUGAAUGUACAGAAGUUUGGACUGUAGCUGUUCUAACAGUGCGAGUCCUCUGUUGCACAGAGCAGCACCUCAGGGAGUGCACAUGCUGGAUGGAGGCCUGGUGCCCAGCAGCCAGGUCCUUCAGGCGCUCCUGAAUCAGCCCCUCUGCUCCAGAUGGACUUCUGCCUCCCUGGUGGUUUUUCCUCAGAAUUGAUGAAAAGUUAAUGUUGUCCUUUGGUCAUGAUGCCUUUAGGUAUAAGUUGUAGCUCAAGACUCUCUUUCAUACUCAUAUCUAUUUGCAUCUGUGUAUCCCAACUGAAAAUAACUCCAGUGUAAGAGGAUGUUCCUGAAAACCAACAGAAAUCUAAGCACGAGAAGGAAGUAAAGUUUCAUAGGACCUAAGGCAAAGAGGUCCCUGCUUGAUGCAUGAGGGCAUCUUUUCUACCCUACUGUCUCUGAAGCAGGGCAGCCUGCUUCUAGCAUGGGAUGGAGGGCUUCUUAGAUUGGUCUUCUGAGGUCCCUCAGCCAAGGUGUAUCUGGUUCUGGGAUUAUUGUUGAGAUAGUUCAUGCAGAAGCACAGGAAAACUUAAAAUGGGGUUCUCUGGGGUUGGAAGCCAGACAACAACAGGGCCUUUUCAUUAAUGGUAGAACACAUCAAAAGAAAAGCAAGAAAAAAACAGGGAAACCUAACUUGGCAAUGACAGGCCUGUAACUUCAAUGAACUUGCCCCAAGGUUGGUAUCUGGAGCCUAUGUAUAGGUAAAUGGUACCCAUCCACGGACUGUCACAGAAAUGCCAUACACAGACGGAAAAUAAAAUAAGCAUCUCAUUCCUCAAAAUUGAUGUCCAUAUGUGUGUAAAGUUUAAAUGAUUAAACAGGGCUUCUGAGAAAGGUCUUGCAGAGCCUGGAGUGGGGACCAGAACUGAAAUGUGCUCUGUCCAUCCUCCAGCACUGGUUUGUAUUCCAUGUAAGCCCCUGGUUCGCUUGGCCCACUUGGGCAGAACCAGGACCCUGAAUGAGUUUGUUGGUCUCAGUUUGCUUUAUUUGGGCUCGAUGCUCUGUGAGGCUGUCACCCCCUUCGGGAAAUGCCUGUCUAGUGGCAGGUCAACAGUAAGGUCGUUAAGACUUAGUAAGUUUGCUUCCUUUCUCUGUCAGAUUCUAAGGUACCUUGUGUCUCACAUCCCAACACAUAGGUUGCUGAGCCACAUUAGAUCCUAUUAUUCAUAUGGACUUCUGUGAGGGGACCAGGCAAGGGCCUUUUGCACUCAAUGUGAAACAUGCAGCAUCUUAUUUUAAAGUCAGUAAUUCCAUUACAUCAGUUUUUGGAAAAAGUCAUCACCAACGACUGGUGUUUAUCCUUCAGAUGAUUAAUCUAAAUUACUGUCUUUUGCUGAAGAAAAUCAGAAGGGCUUUCCUAACAUGCUCUCAAAGCUUUAUUGUGUCUUACUGACCUCUAAAGCUUUUUGGGUUUUGUUUUUAUUUUAAGGACUAUAUUGAUUUCCUGGAUAUUUUAGGACUUCUGAUGACUGAAGUUUACUUUGGUCCUUUUAGGUACUGCUUUUAUUGUUUUAUCUGGAACAUGAGGAUUUUUCACUCAUUUUCCUGACAUUGUUAGAAAGUGGACUGUCCUUCGCAGACAGAAAAGUAGUGCUUGCCUUUUUUUCCUGUACAGGAAGGGUGAGAGGCAUGCUCUCUGGGAUAUCUUAACUAGCAACUGUGUCCUUUUCACAGCCUGACAUGUCUCAUCUUGUCAGAUUCCUGUGUACUACAUCCCCAUAAUUUUUUUCUAACCUAUGUGGUUGUUGGGCUUUUUUUUUUUGUGUGUGUGUGUGUGUGUGUGUGUGUGUGUGUACAACUCUUAACAGUAUUUUGAACAUGUCUUCUGGGAUAUAUUGUUUUUAAGAAAUGACUGGGGUGACCUGGGGUCCUAGCUAGGGUGCAAGGGCAUUGUUCAGCUACAUGGGCAAAGAAAACAGGCAGACUGUCAGCCCUGUUUUCAAGGCCUACAGGUGAUGAGAUGUGGCCUGUUGCUGCAGCUGGCUGGACCAGACCCCUCCACUGCCCACUCCCAGGGAAUGGCUGCCACUGAGGACACAGCUAGGACAUUUUGAGACUCACUUUACUUUUGACAAGGUCGAGGGCAAGCCCUCAUGGAAGCAGUAGCCAUGUGGCCAGCCCUGGCCAUGGCUCCCCCUGGUCUUUGUUGUCCUCUCCUCAGGCUGUGUGACUACUAGAUGCUGGCAUAGACUAGAUGAAUGGGAAGCACAAUGACACUCUGGACUAGAGGUUUUUCAUGUUCUUGGUAACUAUAGCUGGCUUUAAAUUAGGAGCAGCUAAGAAAGUUCUAGUCUGUAUAACAAUAAAAAUUAUUUUGAAUUCUAGGAUUUUAGAUAAUGGUCAACUUUAAUUCCACUCUAAUACUUCACUGUGAUGUUAACUUGGAAGACCUGCUUGAGAUUAGUCUUUUAAUUUUAGACUCAUUAUAUCUGUUGAGCACAGGAUUAUCAUUUGUAAAUCUAAAACAGUCUGUGAACGUACUUCUACGCCUCUUCCUUUAUGAAAGCAUAACUUCAACCUGAAAACAAUGUUGGUUUAUAGAAAUAUUUAUUGUUCAAGGUCUGUAAUUGUAUUUCAAAAUGAUGUAGUAGUAUUCAACUUGUGAAGGGAUUUGUUUUGUCAAAAAAUUAAAAACUCAAUGUGUAUCAGCCCUUGAAAGGGAAGGGGGUUGCUUUGUGGCCACAGUGGGGUAAACCCCAGCUGCACUCUUUGAGUCUUCCUGAUGGUCGCAUAGCUCCUGGCAGUGGGUUGGAAGAUGUCUACCAGGUCACCUGAUGUUUGGUCAUGCCAUCUUGAAAGUCCCUGUAAUAGGUGAAGAAGACUGCAUUUCCUGUCUCUGAAGGAAUGUAUGUCUAAGGCAGGUAGGCAACUUGGUACUAUCACAUACUGAGUAGAGAGUGGAGAAAGUAUUUUCACAUUCAAGAAAACUUUGGAAAGUCAGGAACUAAGCUGCCUGGAAAUCAGUGCCACAAGCAUGGCCUUGGUGGACACAGGAAUCCCCAGGAAAGUUGACAGUCUGUGUUCCAUCAGUCACUGCAUUUUUCCUUUUCCAAACACAUCCUGUUGGCUAUGGAAUAGAUCAUAGAUGUUGUAGACUGAGAUCUGGGACUGUGUUGGGACCAUACAGGUAAUUUAUCACUUCCACAAAUGGCAUCUCCAAGUAAGCUGUCACCUGGUACGCGUGGAGGUGGAGCCAGCAGCUGGAGUGAGGCGCACACUUGGCUCUUCUUGCCGGUGGUUUUCUGAGCAGAGAGCUGAGGGACCCUCCUGACUGGCUAGGGGUCCUUCCAUUUGUCGGAGGGGGUGUGGUGGGUGAAGAUGGGACCUUCUACAAUCUGUCAUGGACUGUGAUAUUGUAAGGUCUAUAUUCUGUAUGUGGAUCUCAGACCCAAUCAGGAAACGAGCCUUAUGUGUGUCAUUAACAUUUAUAUUUUCAUUCAAAAUAUGUAUUCAGUGUUUAUUUCCUCAAAACAGACUUUGUUAAUUUAGGAAAUAUCUCCGAGUGGAAACGUGCUAACUUUCUGUAAAUCUUAAAUAAAAGGUGCUGUUCCUUCUUCUGA